AUGAAUGAGCAAGACCAACCGCGUGACCAUGAUGAUUUGAACAAACUAAUCAACUUGUCAGAGACUGUUGGUGGUUCACAAACUAGAAAGUAUCUGAACGAUAAAGUUACUCCUCACCUACUGAAUGGUAUGAGACUUUUGGCAAGGGAAAAACCAGAAAAUCCAUUGAAAGUGCUUGGUGAAUAUCUAAUAAAACAGAGUGACAUUGAAAAAUGA